AUGCCGACCUGGCUGGCUGCCGGCAAGCAGUUGCGGCCGUUGCUCGUUAUGGAGCGCGCUCAUUAUGGUGAGGAGGAACGUCUUGGCAGUGUUGGAAGAUGGGCAGAGCUGAAGCGACUUCGGGAAGCGGCAAAGAAUACAGUCACUGUUCGAAUACCGAACCUAACUGAACAGCCGUUGCAACACGGUGGGAAGUGCGCUGUGGAUCUGGAGAAAGGUCGAUCCGAGCCAAGGCACCAGUUUUUCGCUGGAUUGCAUUUAGAUGCCACGGGAGUCUCAACCAAGAUUCGGUCAAAUGGAACAUUACGAGCUGGCGCAGCACAGCAAAGGCGACAACGCGAACCUUUUCUCGCUGUUGCUGAUCUUCCAUUUGGUGAGGAAGGACUGGACGAAAGUUCGUUCUCAUCGCGGAACAUUAUCCGUAACGAGGAAGCAACGUCGCGUAAAAUCACGCGCUCACUGUUGACCAUCUGCCGAUAUUUGGAGGAUGGCGAUAUUAGCACAGCUCUUCACUUAAUUAGACGUACCAAUUUCGCAAGUCCAUUAAAGGAACUGAUGAUCGAGGUGCAAAAGCGCCUUAUGCUAACGGUGCUGCGAAUGGUACAGCGCAGCUACGUCUUUAUUAGAAGUGUGAAACUCGCAGAAUUCCUUGAUAUUGAUGCAGGCGAUGACCUUCAGAAAAUUCUGAAGUCAGCUGGAUGGCGUGAGGAGAAUGGUUAUAUCAAGCCAGAACUGACGCAUGAGUUCAUGCAUCUCAUGCAGGGAUUAAACAAUUUACCCACUGCGCCGACACCGAAAGAAAUUACACGCGAAAUGAUCAAAAAAUCUCAUAAAAUUAUUCAGUUAAUAGUGUCCGUCGCAUUUAUGGAUCCAAAAAUUUAG